CAAGAAUCUGUCUCCCAAGAAACAAGGUAAGUAUAUGCUGAACCAAAAGGUUUUUCUUAGAAGAAGCAUAUUCAAAUUGGAAGAAAAACUUGAGAAACAGAGAAAGAAAAACCAAGAGCUGGAGAUUGAGCUGACUUUGGCAGGUUCCUUGCCGAGUGAAAGUGAGAGUUACAUGAAUGAUGCAGAGCGUCUGGGGGAGAUGGUUCGUGUUUUGGAUGAAAAGAUUAAGUCUGUUACUGAUAAGAUUGAGGCUAAAAAAGCAUCUGACAUCUAACUCGGUUGUUGUUGAGUAUGAGAAGAAAAUAAAUUUGAGCAUGGCUCUAACUAGACAUUUUUCUAGAAACAAUAGAUGUUUCAUGUCAUUUCUUCUUAUUGUGGCGUUGAUUUGAUCAUGUUUGGCUCAGAUAUGUUAUCUGAAUAUACUUUUUAGCUGAUUGUUGAAUAAUUAUCCCGUUUUGCUUUACAUGAAUAAAUUAUUUUCAUUAAUGAUUGGUCUCAAUGCAUUAUCUUCUACUUGUUUAGUGUCCUUAAUUGUUUGAAACUGCACUAUUCAGGGAUUUGAAUUGUUUGAACUUGGCAUUAAUUCUUUGUUGUCCAAAUGAGUUAUUAUUGCUAAUCAUUAACUUUGGUUGUGUUUCCUUAAAAAUUGUGAAUAUAUGUUCCCAUGUUCCCCAUAGAUAUGAACUUUUCAGAAAUAAGUUAGCUUCUUCUGUAUACUAAGUCAAAACCUAAUGUCUAAUGUUUCAUGUCUCUGCCUUAAUGUCUGAUGUGAUGUUUUGAGUUUGAUUGAAUAAAAAUCAUCGUUUUCA